ACAGUUUUCAUAUAUCGAAAGACCCACAAAGACUAUGAAGACCCAUCUCUUUGCAGCUCUAGUUCUCAUAUCCAUCUUCUCAUCCCAAGCUUUGCAAUUGCCCAAUUUCUUCCCCAAUUCCACCGCCGCCGGACCUUGGGCCUGUUUCCUGCCACUUCUUGGCUGCCAUUCCGGUCAGAAAGUCGAAGGCCUUGGCAAACUCAAAAAAUACUUUCAACAUUUUGGUUACAUCAAUUCCUCAUUCGCCGACAACAUCACCGACGAGUUCGAUGAAAUCCUUCAUUCCGCCAUCAAAACUUAUCAACUCAAUUUCAAUCUCGAUUCCACCGGCAAACUCGACAUACCCACUUUGAAACAUCUAAUCACACCCCGAUGCGGUAUCGCCGAUAUUAUCAAUGACACAAGUACAAUGAAUUCCGGCAAAAAAUCUCUAAACAUUCAUUCCGUUUCACAUUAUUCACUCUUCCCCGGAUCUCCCCGGUGGCCGAUUAAUCGCCGGAAUCUUACGUAUGCAUUCCACCCCAAUAAACAAAUCCCGGAAACCACUAAAAUGGUAUUCGCUAGAGCAUUCCAGAGAUGGGCAACAAUCAUACCGAUGACAUUCAACGAACAACAACCCUCGACGACGUCGUUUCUCACUGCCGACAUUCGUAUCACUUUCGCUAGCGGCGAACACGGCGACGGUGAGCCUUUUGAUGGGGUUUUGGGUACGUUGGCUCAUGCUUUCUCGCCGCCUAGUGGGUUGUUUCAUAUCGACGCCGACGAGGAUUGGGUCGUCGACGGCGAUUUCAGUUCUUCGUCGUCGUUAUCUGCGGUGGAUCUUGAAUCUGUGGCGAUUCAUGAGAUUGGACAUUUGUUGGGUCUUGGUCAUUCUUCUGUUGAGGAUUCUAUUAUGUAUCCGAGUAUAUCGUCGGGGACCAGGAAGGUAAUGCUCGCCGGCGACGAUAUUGAAGGGAUUCAGUAUCUUUAUGGGUCAAACCCGAGUUAUAACGGGUCAAUACAAACAACGACGGGACAAAGAGAGACUAGUAACGGUGGGGUCCAUGAUAGCUUGACACAAGUCCAAUUCUUAUUGGUUGUUGUCAUGGCAUUAUUGAUAAUUUUCACAUGAUAUUUUAUUUUAGUAUUUAUUUGUUGCUGGUAAAUCUUAUAAUUUAUAAAUAAUUUCCAUUUACUGUAGACAAAGAUUGAUAACGUUAUAAUUGCGUGAUUAUGUAUUCAUA